UAUGUACAGGUAUAACUUCGAACAAAACACCUAACAUAGAAUAGAAAUCUUAGAAUUAAAUGAUGAAAAAUGUAAAUUUAGUUUUGAAGGUGAUUUGUCUAUUGCAAAUGCUAUUAGAAGAGUUAUGAUAGCAGAAGUCCCUGUAAAAUUUUGGACUAAAAUAUUAGGUUAUGGCAAUUCAUUUUGUUGAUAUUAUUGAAAAUACUAGUCCCCUAUCAGAUGAAUUUUUAGCUUAGAGACUUGGUUUAAUACCAUUAGUUUCAUAUGAUGCUGAUAGCAAAAUGUAUGAUUGGGAAGCUGAUACAGAUUCAAUUGAUGAUCAAAAAAUAAAAGUAGUCUUUACAUUAAGACAAAAAAAUCUAAAUGAUGCUCCCUUAGAAAUUACAAGUUAACAUCUUGAACCAGAAUUUGGUUAAGUAGGUGAAAUGGCAAUUCGACCUGUUAGAAUGUUUUCACCAAUAAAUGGAAAAGAAGUUGGCAUUCCUAUUACUAGAUUAGGAAAGAAUCAAUCUGUUCAUGUUCGUUGUCAUGCACUAAAAGGUUUUGGUAAAAUGCAUGCUAAAUGGAGUCCAAUUAAUAUUGCAACAUUUAGACAUGAACCAGGUAAAUAUAUAAUUAUAUAUAAAUCUAUAGAAAUUAAUAUUGAUCAGACCUAAUUAUAAUCUCUGUCACUUUUUGAAAAAAAUGCAAUUAGAAAUUCAUGUCCUAUGAAUGUUUUUGCUAUGGAUGCUAAUUAAGAUCUUAUUGUCAAUGCUAUUGAAAAGUGUGUGUUUUGUGAAGAAUGCAUUCGUUGUGUAAUAAUAUAUAUAUAAUAAAUAGGCUGAAUCCAUGAAAAAACCCAGAUUGAUUAAAAUGCAACAUAAAAAAAAUAAAUAUAUUUUUACUGUUGAAAGUGCUGGCUAAUUAAAAGCUGCUGAUAUUGUAAAAAAAGUAAAUUCAUAUUAAAUAUUUAGGCCUUGAUUGUUUUAAGAAAAAAGGUUGAAGAAAUAUCUUAAGAUCUAAGUUUUGCUUAAUAAUAGUAACAGAUAUGA